CCUGCUGGGACCCGAGUAGAUAAAAGGAAACUGAAGAUGAAGCCCGCUGCCACCUAUGAGCUGCUGGUGGAUGGUGUUGGGCAGUGGGAUUUUACUGGAAAUUUUGUUCCUUGUGAGCUGUUGCUCACAGGAGACGCUGCAUUCCCGGUGUUGGUAAGCCCUGAGAAGCAGGUACUGAUCGCUGUUUCUCACUAUGGGAAGGGACGGAUGGUGGUCGUUUCUCACGAGGAAAUCCUGAAGAAUCCCAACUUUUCCCAGUUCCUUAGGAACGCGGUGGACUGGCUCAGACCCUCCCCAGAGGCGCAGGUUGGAGUCCACAGGAGCCUGGAUCCUCUCUCUCAGCUGCUCCUAAGGUCCAGCACUAAAGUGCAGCCUGGUGUGGGGCUCAGUGCCUCUCUAGGGGUGUACUGUACAGAUGCCUAUGACGACGCUCAGGCAGAGGAGCUGGUCCACUUUGUAAAGGGAGGUGGGGGCCUGCUCAUCGGUGGUCAGGCCUGGUACUGGGCUAGUCAACAUGGUGCGGAGAAGGUGCUGUUUGAAUUCCCUGGGAACCGAGUGACCAGCGUGGCUGGCGUGUACUUCACCGGCAAUACAGUGGGGCCAGGGAUCUUCAAAGUCUCGGGAAAGAUCCCAAAGAUCCCCUUGAUCGUCCCGCACGGGGCUAAUCUCAGCCAGGAUGUAGAGCUUCUCCUCAAUGGUGUGUCGGAACUGGAUAUAGUGACCGGCGGGGUGCCCUCCCCACUGCUGGUGCAUGGGGUGCUGGCCUUCCCCCUCGGCCUGGACAGGUCCCACCGCUGCUUCCUUGCUGCAGCGCGCUAUGGCCGGGGCCGGGUGGUGGUGGCGUCUCAUGAGGGCCAGCUGUGUGCCCCAAAGCUGGCAGAGUUCCUGCUCAAUGCUGUACACUGGUUGGACGCUGGGAGGCAGGGGCUGGUUGGGGUUGCUGCCCCCCUGAAGGGGCUGUGUUCCCUGCUGUCCCAGGAGGGCCAGAAGUACCGGGUAUCAGCGCUGACGGGCGACAUGAGCGUCUAUUGCUGCCCUUCUCACAGCAACCAAGAGACAGAGAAGAUCCAGGCCUUUGUGGCGGAGGGGGGAGGGCUGCUGAUUGGGGGGCAGGCCUGGUACUGGGCUUCCCAAAAUCAAGGCCAAGCUGCCGUUGCCGGAUACCCUGGCAACAAAAUCCUCAACCGCUUUGGGAUCAGCAUCCUGGGCAUGAACCUCAAGGCAGAUAAAUACGCAGCACUGCUACCGGGGGAGCUUCCCCGUCACUACCACUUCCGUCAGGCACUCUCCCUCUUCCAGAGGCAUGUGGACAAGGAGGAGGCACUCAGAGCUCCCCUGGCAGACUGGCUGCAUAGAUUAGGGCAGGACUGUUCUGCCUUCCUGAGGAUCCCAGCUGAAGACUGCCCUGCGUACUCCUCACUCCACCGCAUCCUGCUCAAAGUGCUGCGCAGAGGUGGGAUCCCGCAGGUCAGCAAGAAGAACCCAAUCAAGAGCAACUCCAAGGAGGCAGCCCUGCUGUGCCUGGCCACACAGCUGUCCCAGACCAUGACGGACUGUGCUGUCCUGGUGCAGAAACCCACCGAUGGGGUCUGCACGCUCCCGUCCAGCUCUCCUAUCACCCUGGAAAUCGAUGGCACAAAUACAGGUGGGACAGCAUGGAUGAGUACAGGACUUUACCUACCUGAUGGGAACACGGCAGUGAUAACGUUUCCUUGCAUGGCGACCAGUGCUGGUCUGCAGGUGCAGAUCGGGUGUCACUCUGAUGACCUCACCGCUGCAAAGGAGCUGAAACGGGCCCCCAUGGUGAUACGCAAGUGCCAGGUCAGCUGCCAGAAGCAGUCAGUCUCCUGCCUCUGGGGCGGCCUCAUUUACAUCCUCGUGCCAGGGGGAAGCCAGCUGGGCAAAGUGCCCAUCACUGUGGAAGGGGCAGUCAAGGUUCCCUACUUCAGACUGGGAGAGACCUGUAAAUGCCAGUGGCUGGACAGCAUCCGGCACUACCUUGCUCCCUGGGCCGAACUAGCUACUGAGAACAUUAUCCUGACUGUGCCUGCUGACACCAUCCGCCAUAUAGAGAACCCAGAGCCUCUUCUGAUCCUCUGGGACCAGAUCAUGCUGGCUAUAGCUGAGUUGGCAGCAGCACCAGUGAAGUUCCCAAGGCCAGAGAGGAUUGUAACAGACGUCCAGAUCUCAGCUGGGGAAUCCAGCACAUCUGCCUGGCAGGACACUGUCCGUCACUACCCUGCUCCCUGGGCUGAACUGGCUAGUCACAACAUCAUCCUGCCAGUGCCUGCUGAUGACACGCGCAAUAUAGAGAACCCGGAGACUCUGCUCUCCCUCUGGGAGCAGAUCUUGACAACCGUGGCCAAACUGGCAGCCAAACCACUGGAAAAGGCCUUUGGAUGGGAAUCCUUCAUCCAAAACUUUUCUGAGUACCAAACAUUGUGCCAUGUCCCAGCAGACAAUGACUCAAAGAUGGAUCUAUAGGCAGCAAAGUUCUCUCAGCAGGUGCAGAAGAAUUUGGCUCCGUUUUCUAAGGCCUGGGGGUGGCCUAUAAAGGAAGAGCUUUCCCAGCAGCUGGCCACAUCAUUCUAA